AUGGCACUAACCCUGACCGGAGUCUACAACGCGAGGCAGCUCCGGAUAGUGGUGAUUAACAGUAUUCUUGUGUUUUUGUCAGUUACCGCUGUGUUGUUGCGAUUCUGGGCUCGAAACUUGCAAGCACUGGAACCAUUCCUGGAAGACUACCUGAUAGUCGUUGCUUUGGUACUAUCCUUGGGAGUGAAAACCCUUCUCUUUCAAAGUCUUCAUGCCGGCGUAGGUGAGCACGUUGACUCCUUGACAACUGCGACCGUACAAGAAUACGCCUUGAACCUGUAUUUGAUGCAAUUACUCUGGAACACUUGCCUACCCAUAAUCAAGCUUUCCAUUGCCCUUUUCUACCAACACAUAUUCCCAAUCCGAUCCAUGGUCAUUGCCUGUCGCUCCAUCAUCGUCUUUCUCUUCGCUUGGUACCUGGCCUUCCAGACGACGGCCAUCUUCCAAUGCACACCAAUUCACCACGCAUGGCAGAAGAGAACUACCAACGGGCGAUGCAUUAAAUUCGUUCCCUUCGUGGUCACAUUAGCCGCGACAAAUCUAUGUACUGAUAUACUCCUUCUCGCCCUGCCAACCCGCGAGAUUUGGAAGCUUCAAAUCGCGCAAGGAAAGAAAAUCGGAUUGUCGGUCAUUUUUUACUCUGGGUGUUAUGUCUGCUGCCCCUCUCUCAAUGAAGUUACCGUUUUUUUGCAUUAUGUGUGUAUCAUCUCGGUUGUACGGCUCGAAAAUCUGAUCGCCAUCAGCAACGCGGACAUCACGUGGUCCGAUACAUGUUCCCAUCUGUGGACGGCGAUCGAAAGCAGCCUAGGAGUGGUGGUGGCGUGUCUCCCGAGUCUGAUGCCCAUCGUCCGCCUGAUUCGCCAUGGGAAGGAGUGGAGUGGACAGCACCGCAAAUCUCUUCCUGGUGCCGGUCGAGGGUCGUCUUCUUACCUCAAUAACCUGCAUGGGUCCUACGAGCUGUCGCAACCAUCUAUCCCCAAUCACAUUAGCUCGGGGCCGGUUCGGCCUCGACUCCGUGCCGGCAGCAGUAAUUCGGCCUUGAUUGAGAAAUACGUGGGAGAAAUUGAGGUCACCACCGAAAUCGCGCAGCAGGUGGAGUCUAGUACUGGUCAUACUUAG